UGAUGAAUAAAAAGGGGUGGUUCCCCCUAUUGAAGAUGGAAUGAAUUUUUUUUUUCUUUCCGUUCUGUUUCUGCUUUUGUUUCUUAGAAGUGACACAGAUUGUUUCUGUUGCUUCGAGAACAAUAGAGGCUGAAGUUUGGGGACGGUUACCUCGAGUUUCACUAGGUGGAUUCACCUCGGGUGAAGCAACACUGAACUGCGAACUGUGGAUUUCGAUAAAGAGCAAGGUAUUUCUUCUUCUGGAUCUGUUAAUGAAUGGGUUGGAGAGGUCAGAGCUAACCACCAGAUAGUAAAGGUUUAUUCGAGGGUUCUUCUAGAGCGUCACCUUACCACAGUCUCUCGUUCAUCAACUGGUCCAAUUUAUUAACUCACUCCUUCAUCCCUCACCGACGUCACUCUUUUUACCACCCACCAACCACCAAGAUGAUCAUCUUCAAAACUCUCGUUACGGCGCUCGCCCUCACAACAAGCAACGUCCAAGCCGCCCCCCUCUUCGACUCCGUCACCACCUUCCUCACCCACCUCACCAACCCCCCUUCCGCCCAACACCUGGACAUUUCAACCCCCGGCUCCGACCCCACGGGUCUCAACACCUUAUCAACCCUCUCCUCCUCAGCCAAAGCGGCCCUCCAGAAGAACCAAGCCUACUUGCUUCUCAUCAACGCCACACCCUUCACUCUGCGCAAGACAGGCGGACAUUCCUACCAGAUGCCUGUUUGGGACAACAGUUUCCCGGAUGUUGUGCAACCGGGAAGCAGCGUGCGGGUGAAGAUUGAGGCCAAGACGCAUAAGGAUGAUGCGGCGGAGAUGAGCUAUGUUGUUGAUGAGUUAAAAAGUGAAGGAGGAGGAGGGGAGGUGGAGUUCCAGUACCGCGGACGGGACGGGCCCGUGUUGCAGGUGGAAUGGAAGAGUUUGGCGGCUAUGAAUAACCCCGUCGGGUCAGUCAGGAGGUUGGAUUGGCAUCAGGGGAAUAACAUGCCUUUUGUCCUUUCUGCUGCGCCGUCGGCUAUGAGCCAAGUUUCUGGUGGAUCGGGGGCGAAUGCGAAAUUUGAUCCCGCUCAAGAGCUGAUGGCGAGCCCGGGCCUGCCGACGGGGUGGAUGAAGCAGGCGUAUGGGCGGAUGCAUUGUUUGAAGCUGAGGGAAAUCAGUCUUCCCGGAACACAUAACAGCGGCAUGUCGCUGCUCACUGGCGGUACGCCCCUGGUUAAAGCCAGACCGGAGUCGGUGCAGUGUCAUUCUAGUCAGAUGACGGUUGGCAAGCAGUUGGAGGCGGGAGCGAGAUGGUUCGAUGUCCGCCCUGUGAUUGCGGGCGGGAAGUGGGCGACGGGGCACUAUACCUUUUUUGACGGUAUCAAGCUGCCCUCGGGACUGGAUAAGGUUCCUGGCUUGGGCGAUUUGGCGAAGGAGAUUGGAAAGCUGGGAGGGGGUGAUAAAGAAAAGGUGUUGGAUGGGUGGCAGGGGGGGAAUGGCCAGUUGGUGGCGGAUAUCGUGAGGGAGGUGAAUGAGUUUACGGAGAAGAACCCGGGCGAGCUGGUGGUGAUUAAUUUGAGUCAUGGCCUCAACACCGAUACCUUCUCCGGCAACCCCAAGGCCCAUCUUACCCAGCAGGAGUGGGAGAACCUGAUGACCCAGCUACUGGCUGUCAAAAACCGGGCUACGCACAUCACGACGCCCAACACCGACCUCACCUACCUUAAACUCUCCGACCUGCUCCCGCCUUCCGACCCAUCAAAGCCCAACGAUGCCUCCCGCGCUGCGACCGUCCUCUUCGUCGUUGACGACAUCACCUCCGACAACAAACACGUCGAUCUCUCCAAGUUUGCCAACCAGGGUUUCUUCUUCCGCGGCCAGCUCGCCAUCUUCGACUCCUACGCCAACACCAACAACCUGAAUAACAUGAUCACUGACCAGUUCUCCAAGCUGCAGACGCAUCGGACCAAGGCGGAUGAUGCCAUGUUUUUGUUGUCUUGGACACUGACGCAGCCCGUCGAGACCAUGAUUACCGGUAGUAUCGUCAAGUAUGGAGUAGAUGCCAACAGGGCGUUGGGUGAGAAACUGUGGGCGCAGGGCGAGAUGAAUGGGCAGAGGUAUCCGAAUGUGGUGAGUGUUGAUGCUUUUGAUGGCGAUGGAGAGGUGGCCGGGUUGGUGGCGGGGAUUAAUUGGUGGUUGGCGGGGGAGUGCCCUGCUUUGUAAAGUGGGAGCAUCAGUUUGGUGAAUGGUGACGCGAGCAAGGAAGAUACGAGAUAUGUAAUGGAGAUGAGUUUAUUUUUCACUGCACAUACAUUCACCAGUAUUGUUUUUACACGUAAA